AUGGCUGGCAGGAACAAAAGGAGCAUUCUUGGGAGUAAGACAAGCUUGUCCAAUACCACCACAAUAGUCGAAUAUCGUCAAGAACAAGGAGCCAUCAAUGCCCCGAUCGUCUCAUCCUACAACGACCGCAUCCGCCCAUUGCUCGACGCGGUGGACCGCCUCCGCCACCUCAAAAUCAUGCAGGAAGGCAUCCAGCUCCCGACCAUCGUGGUGGUUGGCGACCAGUCUUCCGGCAAAUCGAGCGUGCUCGAGUCCUUGGCCGGCAUCAGCCUCCCCCGCGGCCAGGGAAUAUGCACCCGCGUCCCCCUUAUCAUGCGCCUCCAGCAUCACCCCAGCCCCGAACCGGAGCUCUUCCUUGAGUACGGCGGCCGCGUAGUCCCCACCGACGAAGCUCGUGUCUCCGAUGACAUUGUCACUGCCACCGACGAGGUCGCCGGCACCGGCAAGGGGAUCUCCAAUGACCCCGUCACCCUUGUCGUGAAAAAGCACGGCGUGCCCGACCUCACCAUGGUCGACCUGCCUGGGAUCACUCGGGUGCCUGUCCAUGGCCAGCCGGACGACAUCUACGAGCAGAUCUCGAAGAUCAUCAAGGAGUUCAUCACACCUGAUGAGAGCAUCAUCUUAAACGUCCUCUCCGCCAGCGUGGACUUCACGACGUGCGAGUCCAUCCGCAUGUCCCAGCAGGUUGACCGUACGGGCCAGAGGACCUUGGCUGUGGUGACCAAGGCAGACAAGGCCCCCGAGGGCCUGCUCGAGAAGGUGACGUCGGACGAUGUCAGCAUCGGCCUUGGAUACGUUUGUGUGCGCAACCGGGUCGGGGAUGAGACGUAUGAGGAGGCCCGAGAGGAGGAGGCCCGGCUGUUCGAGACGCACCACCUCCUGUCUGGGAUAAGCAAGUCUAUGGUUGGCAUUCCUGUGCUGGCCCAAAGGCUUGUACAGAUCCAGGCGAAUCUCAUCGUCAAGUGCCUGCCUGACAUCGUACGCAAAGUCAAUGACAGGCUGUCGUCCAACAUGGACGAGCUGAGCAAACUGCCACGCAGCAUGACAUCUAUUGUCGAGGCCAUGACGGCCUUCGUCCAGAUUCUAGGCAACGCCAAAGAAUCCCUCAAGAAGAUUCUGCUGAGGGGAGAGUUCGAGGAGUACCCAGAUGAGAAGGAGAUGCACUGCACGGCCCGCCUGGCUGAGAUGCUCAACGCCUACUCUGAGGAAAUCCAGGCCAAGUGCUCCGAGAAUGAAUCAAAGGAUAAAUUCCUGCUCGAUGAGAUUAGCGUGUUGGAGGAGACAAAAGCCAUCGGGCUCCCAAACUUUCUUCCAAGGACUGCUUUUCUUACCCUGCUGCAGAAGAAAGUGAAAAUGGUGUCAUUCACGCCGUUUGAGUUCGUUGAAAAAAUGUGGGCCUACAUCGAGAAUGUAGUCGUCACGGUUCUAACUAAGCACUCGGACAACUACCCGCAGCUGAUGUCAUCCACGAAACGGGCUGCUCAGAACCUGUUGGCCAUGAAGAAGAAACAAUCGGAGGAUUGGGUAGUGGAUGUGGUUGAGAUGGAGAAGAUGACGGACUACACUUGCAACCCCGAGUAUGCUGAUUUGUGGAGCAAGCUCAUGGCCCACCAUAACACAUUUGUGGAUAUUCUGACUGAUAACUCGAAGCCAACGGCGAUGAACAUUGUUGGAUAUGGGAAUGUCGAUGUUUUGCAUUUAAGGGGUCAGGCAGGGGUCGUGCAGGAGGCAUUUGACCUCAAAAUGAGACUGACGGCCUAUUGGAAGAUUGUUUUGAGAAGGCUGGUCGACUGCAUGGCCUUGCAUCUGCUCUUUAGUAUCCAGAAUCUGGUGAACAAGGAAAUGGAGGCGGAGAUUAUUAAUGAAGUAAUCGGCCCGGAAGGGAAAGGACUGGAGAGAAUGCUGGAGGAGUCGCCUGCUGUGGCCGAAAAACGCAAGAGGCUUAAUAAUAGCGUCAAGUUGCUGAAGGAGUCCAAGGAAGUGGUCGCCAAGAUCAUUGAUAAUAUUUCUAGUAUUAGUACGUGA